UGCGCUCGCGCCGGCUCGGUCUCGAUACCACCGGUAGUCGUUGAACGUCGCCGUUCACCUGAGUCCGAUGAAUCCAGCCCUCGCGGUGGAUGUUCCUUCUUAUGGGCGCGCGACGACGCCCUGGUCGUCGCGUCAUUCGAUGCGGGUGCAUCACCCGGUAAGCUGGAUGUGCCUGCCACACUAUACGGUCCAGGUAAUUGUACCCGCGAGGACGAGGAGUCGUCCUCGCCAAGUUUCCCUUGCCCUGGAACCACCGACGUGACCUCGUCAGUCCCCGUUCCUUCAUUUGACUGCGCUGGGUCCGGGGAAGACGGCAGCACGUCCAUCUUGGACGUGCUCCGCGGUGGAUCCUGACUUCGCUCGCUAGAGAUGUCAAGUACCGCGAGGUACUUGGCCUGGCUCACAUCGCCGUCGACCGUAGCUGGCUCACAUCGGUCUUGUUGGCCGUGGACGCGUCGUGCAGGCGGCAUGUAUAGUCCCGAUGGUCGCCAUCCGGUCUCGGGUGCGACCUGUCGUACGUCUGCAGCUGUAGGCGUCUUGGUUGAUUGCACGCGAUCCCCGGCAUGGAGGCCGCCGUGCGUGGCCACUGACACGACUACGAUGUCGCUCUGUGGUGUGGAUGGACCACUGUCGAUUGCGACGACCUUUGAGGUGGUCGCGAUCGGCACGGGCAGUGGUACGGAAACGGGUGUCGAUGGACGUGAAGCGAGUACCGCCUGGUACUCGCGCUUCGGGUCGCCGGUGCGCUCAGUAGUGUGUUCCUCGAGCAUUGGGCUCGACCUCUGUGCGUCGUGCGUGCGCUGUACAUGCGUGCUGGACGCGACCUGCGCCUUUCGAGCCUGAAUGCUCGACUCCUUCGCGUACACCGCACCCUUCCCCUUCUCCUCCUUCUGCCUGACCAUCCCCGUCGGACUCUCCUGCUUUCACACCCUCGUCCACGUCUUCUCCGUCCCUGCCUUGCCCGUCCUUCCACCCUUCGCGCGACCUCCCGAGUGCGU